AUGACCAACAACCAACUGGUCGCGUUGCCACCACCACCACCCCCUUCUGACCUGAUAGGCUCAGCGUUGUUCUUACCUUUACACAAUGUGAACUUGGAACAUAGAGCUAGGAAGUUGAGAUUUGUAGGACAGGUCCUAGCAUUCCAUCCUCCCACUUCACUGCUCCUUCUCACAUCUUUCCCUCCUGCGUCCGACCCACAUUCACCUUCACCCACAAUCCUGGUGAAUAUCUCAAUACCUCUGAUGGGCCAGAGUCCGUCCCUAAAGGAUGUAUCAGCAGCAGCUGAGUCUAAUUCCUAUACCCAGACUGUCCAAUCAUCCUCAGAGGGACAGUUGGGGAGGGGACCAGUCAAUCGCGAACCAUUGACGCUGAAUAGAGGUGAAUGGGUAAAUGUAGUAGGGUGGUUAGAAGGUGAUGGUGAGAAGAUGGUAAGAAAGGUCAAAACGUCUUCAAGUUAUUUGAAACCAAUACCUAUCAUCCUAGAAGCUAUACACCUAUCCAAUGCAAGACCACCUCCUGUUGAUGCAAUGUAUAGAGGUAGUAUACCUGGCUGGGAUGGAAUAAGGUCGUCCACGAAGGGAGGUGAAGAUGAACCGAUUGUUAUCGAUGAUGAUGACGAAGGAGAAGAUGUGUUGGAGAGUACACCGAGACCUAAACGAUAA